CCCCCCCACCGCUCGCCCACGCCCCCGACGACGAAGGCGCGGCGGCCGCGGCCGCGACCUCGACCUCGACGGCCCUUGCUCGGGCGCCCUCCCAGGCUCGGCCCCCCGCGACGUCGACGACGUUUCUUGCUGGCUUAUGGACAUGGCGGGUCCAAGAUGGAAGAAGGGCAAAGACGGCAAGGACUUUGCAGCUCUGGCAGCAGCUCACCCCAUGUCAAGCAUUGUUGCUGAGCUCCAGUCCUCGCUGAAAGGCUCGAAACUUGUGGCAACUUUAUCUUGUCGGGGCAGGGAUGCGACCCUCGGUGUGAAUCUGCAGCAAGCUGCACUUCUUAACCGUGCGGCCUUUGGCCGGGCGCUGGAUAAUGCCGAAGCAGAGAAACAGUGGAUCCAGCUGGGGGCUGAGGAGGUCUUCUAUCUUUACCAUGGUUUGAAGUGCAUCUCAGUGUCAGAGAGCAAGAAGCUGUUGAGCGAAGGGGAGCUGUGGGAUCACUUAUGCUCCGCAUCGGAGUCAUUUCCCGAGAUGUACAAGGCAUACUCGCAUCUCAGAUCGAAGAACUGGGUGGUGCGGUCAGGUUUGCAGUAUGGCGCAGAUUUUGUAGCUUACCGUCAUCACCCAGCACUCGUCCACUCAGAGUUUGCUGUGGUUGUUGUUCCAGAAGGAGCGGAGUUCGGCGGUAGGUGUGGCCGCCUGAAUGUGUGGUCUGAUCUACUGUGUGCACUCCGAGCUUCUGGCAGUGUGGCCAAGGCACUGCUGGUUCUAACCAUCUCCAGCAGUAAUUGUGGAUUGAGCUCCCCAGAUUGUUUAGAACAACUGGUUGUUCAUGAGAGAACAAUUACUAGGUGGAUAGCGCAGCAGUGCCGUGAGCAGCGAAGUGAACUGUGCAGAGAAGAAGCAGAGAAGGAAGAACAAUAUCAUGCAAGAGAAACUGUAGCCUUCAACUAUUUGGGCGUAAUACUAGGCUUCACAGUUCUUUCUAGCUUACUUGUAUACACGCUGAGAUUCCUAUAAUAAAGCUAAAUAUUUCUCUGUACUCCUAUUGGUGAUGUGUAACUUCUCAUCUUAUGGCAAUCCUGUGCCAGUACUCAUGUGCAUUUUGGAAAGAUUUCUGGAAAUGGUCCAUACAUAUAUCCAUACAA